AAGCCGAGCGCACCCAUUAAACCAUUCACCGCCCGCAGAGAACGACAGGGCAGCCGUGGUUCGCAGAAGACACCAGACGAUUCUCUCCGCGCACUGCGACUUUCUUCACGAUACCCGAGCCACUCCCGAGUACCCAGGGCAUAUAAUUCACGGCCGCGGAAAUACCUGCACUGCGCUGACGGAUAUUCGCCCUCGUCUGCCGUUAUAGAGCCUUUGGUCCGCUACUUCACUGUCUGCGACUGUGUCCAGAUACCAGGCGUCAUGUUGCGAACCGUCUCACGAUCAGUCGCUCGACAAAGCCGCCUCCUCAAGAUCGCUAACAAGCAGCCAUCACUACUUCGACCGCUCUCCACCACAGCAUACCGCAUGUCGAGCUCAGCACUCGCCCCAGUAAACCCUCCCGUAUCCAUAGCCCUCCCCGCCGACUCAUACCAGCUGCUCCCGGAAGCUUCGAAAGCUGGCGAAGCCGAAGAUGCCCUCUUCGACGCCCAAGUACAACAGGUGAAGGAGUGGUGGGCCUCGCCGCGGUACAAGGACAUAAAGCGACCAUACUCAGCGGAGGAUGUGGUCAGCAAGCGGGGGGCGCUCCAGCAGACGUAUCCGAGCUCGUUGAUGGCGCGGAAGCUGUUCAACCUGUUCGAGGAGCGGGCCGCGAAGGGGGAGCCCGUCCACACGAUGGGUGCCAUUGACCCCGUACAAAUGACCCAGCAAGCCGCGAACCAGGAAGUGCUGUAUAUCUCGGGCUGGGCCUGCUCGUCUGUGUUGACUUCAACUAACGAGGUGUCUGCUGAUUUCGGUGACUACCCGUACAAUACUGUGCCGAACCAGGUGCAGCGGCUUUUCAAGGCACAACAGCUGCAUGACCGGAGGAAUUGGGAUAAUAGGAGGAAACUGAGCGCGGAAGAGCGUGCCAAGACUCCAUAUGUGGACUAUAUGAGGCCUAUCAUUGCAGAUGGUGAUACUGGCCACGGUGGUCUCUCAGCCGUCAUCAAACUCGCCAAACUCUUCGCCGAAAACGGUGCCGCAGCCGUCCACUUCGAGGACCAACUCCACGGCGGCAAGAAAUGCGGCCAUCUCGCUGGCAAAGUCCUCGUUCCAGUGGGUGACCACAUCAACCGCCUCGUCGCCGCCCGCUUCCAGUGGGACAUGAUGGGCUGCGAGAACCUCGUCAUCGCGCGCACCGACUCCGAAAGCGGCAAACUCAUCAGCAGCGCCGUCGACGUCCGCGACCACGAAUUCAUCCUCGGCGUGACCGAAGAAGCCGAGCCCCUCGCCGAAGUGCUGCAAGACAUGGAAGCCGCAGGCGCGCCUGGCAAAGAAAUCGACGAAUACGAAGCCGCGUGGGUGAAGAAGAACAAGCUCUACACAUUCGAUGAAGCCGUCGUAGCCCACCUCAAAUCCGAAUCCGCCUCCCAAUCAACCAUCGACGCCUACCUCUCCGAAUCCGCCGCCAACCCCAACUUCUCCCUCCUCAAGCGCCGCCACCUCGCCGCCAAAUUCACCAAAUCCCCCGUCUACUUCAACUGGGACGUGCCGCGCACGCGCGAGGGCUUCUACCACUACCGCGCCGGCAUGGCCGCGGCGACCAAGCGCGCGAAAGAGUUCGCGCCCUACGCCGACCUGCUGUGGGUCGAAACCGCCGACCCGUCGGUCGAGAAAGCGGGCCAGUUCGCCGGCGAGAUCCGCGCGGUGUACCCGGGCAAGAAGUUCGUGUACAACCUGUCGCCGUCGUUCAACUGGAUGGGCCACGGGUUCUCGGAGGCGACGCUGAAGAGCUUCGUGUGGGAUCUCGCGAAGCAUGGGUUUGUGCUGCAGCUGAUUAGCCUCGCGGGGCUGCAUAGCACGGCGACGAUUACGUGGGAGCUGAGCAAGGCGUUUAAGGAGGAGGGGAUGCUGGCGUAUGUGAAUUUGGUGCAGCGGCGGGAGAAGGAGAGUGGGUGCGAUGUGUUGACGCAUCAGAAGUGGAGUGGGGCGGGGUAUAUUGAUGGGAUUUUAGGGGCGAUUCAGAGCGGGAGUAGUGGGAGUAAGAGUAUGGGCGAGGGGAAUACGGAGACGACGUUUUGAGGGAGUGUGUAUGUGUAAAGUAUAGCUGACGCGGUAUUAUAGAUAGUCCUAGAAUUCGUUUAAGAUCAAAAUAUUUACUCGGAG